AAACUCCCCUCAGUGCAAUUCUCACCGUUCGACUGCUUACAUGGGGACGAUGCUGGCCGUUUUCGUGCGAGGGAAACUCGGCUUCGUAUCUCGGAUUCACGGAGUGUAGUAAUCACUGGCGAUUCGAUCGCGAGAAUAGACACGCCGUGUGGUGCCGCGCCGCGCCGCGCCGCUUUCCUCCUCGCUCGAUCAGUCACGAUGCGCGAAUAGUUCCGUCGAGCUGCCGGCUUCUCGCGUUCACGCUGUUCCUCCGUUCAGAGGCGGAAACGGGGAACCGACGUACGGAUGUGGAGAAACGAUGGGCUUCGUAGAGAAACGUCACGUUGGAUUUCCAUUUCGAUAAAAGAAGUCCUUUCCGGCCUGUUCCGCUCGGUCCUCCCUUGGUUUUACGUGGCCCAAAGGUACACUGUCGAACGGUGCGUCAAGCUUGUCGAAUUUUUCAACGGAGAGCUUAAACAACUGGAGUAGGGAAAAAGCUACUACAUAUUCAUGAGACUAAAUCUCUACUACUUUCGAGGCACGAUUACGCGCUAUUGAAUUUCUUCGUAAUAAAUAAUUGAUUAAAUAGCCAUUUCGAAUAAGAACGGAUACACGAAUUAAAGCCUAAGCAAAUGAAAAACGGCUUUGAUGUAUCACUUUUUCAUGAACUUGUUUGGAACAUUUAGGUAAAUUACGCAACGAAAGCUAUUUCAUACCGGCUACGAGCUUGGCUUUUUCUACUUUCAUAUUUACAAUAUAACCUAUGAAUGUAGCGCUACGGGGACCAACGUGUUAUGAUAAAAUAUCUCGCCUUCAGUGACAUCCGUCUAAAAACGUAGUAAUUUUUACUAGCGGCUAAAGCGGAUUUUAUAAAAUGACGAAUGUUCUUAAGACAGUCUCGAACGAAAGUUAUAUGUCGUGCAACAGUUUCCCGUACGGUUGAUACGAAUAAGAGAAAAGAACUGAAAAGUGUAUCGUCCUUCGAAAGCAUCAACGUUGAAGAAUGUAAUUCGCAUCGAGUCACGAGAAAUAGAGGCUCGAGGAAGCGUGCAUCUUCCGCUCGAAGUUCCAUGCGCUGCAAGCUUACCGGGUAAAAACGCAGGCAGAGGGAAAAAAGCAAAAUGCCAGGGGGAACGUCGACGCGAGAAAGCAGCGAAGCGAUCCGCAUGGAACCUCUAGGUAGAACCUCGAGUUCCCGUAGUCCCGGGCAAAACGGAACCGCUAACACCACCGAGGUGCCAGCAAACUCAGAUAGCAACACGGGAUUGCACAAACGUAGCAUUUAUGAACACAAUGGAGUUGUGUGUUCUCAGAAAAGGGCUCUUUGCAUAGCUACCGUCGUUUUUGCGAUACUUUUCGCCAUAUCAUUCAUCAUUGCCUUCGCGGGACCACAAAAUGACUGCCCUUGUGCUGGAGAAAAGCCAGCUAACCUGGAAAUCGAGGACGAUGAAAAAAGCAGUGAGCCUCUUGCAACUAAUGGAGAGGUGUUCCCCUGGAAUAACGUGAGGUUACCUAAGUUUGCCCAUCCUACUAGGUACAACAUUACCAUCCAUCCAAACCUUACCACAUUAGAAGUAAAAGGACAGGUCACAAUCGAAUUCUAUGUCGAUAAAGAGACCAACUACAUUGUCUUCCAUAGUAAAAAUUUGACAAUAAAUGAAAAGAUGGUUCAAGACCGUAAAGGCCAUAGAUUAAAAAUCGCAAAACUUUUGGAGUAUCCGAAACACCAGCAGUUAUAUCUAGAACUGGAAAGUAAAUUUCGGAAAAGGGGGAACUAUACGGUGCACUUAAGGUUCAUUUCAAAACUCACGAGUGAACUCGAAGGAUUCUAUCUUAGCAGCUACAUCACCCCAGAAGGAGAAAAGAGGUAUUUGGCCACUACUCACUUUGAACCGACAUACGCGCGUUCAGCGUUUCCGUGCUUUGAUGAACCGCAAUUCAAGGCCAAAUUUAAAGUCUCGAUAUUCAGAGACAGAUUUCAUAUUGCGUUGUGCAAUAUGCCCGUGAUGAACACAGAAGAUGCAGGAUUUUAUAUGGGAACGGGACUUCUCCGUGAUGACUUCCAAGAAUCUGUCGAAAUGUCUACGUAUUUGGUGGCUUUUGUGGUGUGCGACUUCAAACGAGUUUCGGAGCUAACAAAGAGGAACAUUUCCGUAAGCGUCUACGCAGCGGAGGCGAUGCUUCCACAAGCGAAAUAUGCUGUAAAUACUGCUGCUCGUACAAUUGAUUACUUUGAAUCUUUUUUUGGAGUGUAUUAUCCAUUGCCUAAGCAAGAUUUAAUAGCUAUUCCUGAUUUUGCCGCCGGGGCAAUGGAAAAUUGGGGCCUAAUUACGUACCGUGAAACAUCUAUACUUUAUGAUCCACAAGAAACGUCAACUAGUGCCCAUGAAUGGGUCGCUGUAGUUGUAGCUCACGAAUUGGCUCAUCAGUGGUUCGGAAAUCUCGUCACUAUGAAAUGGUGGAACGAUUUAUGGUUAAAUGAAGGAGCAGCUAGUUUCUUCGAAUAUAAAGGAGUAAAUCAUAUCUCACCCAAAUGGAGCAUGAUGGAUCAAUUUAUUUUAUAUAAAACUCAGCCAGCUCUUGAUCUCGAUGCCUUAACCAGCAGUCAUCCUAUAAGCGUACCGGUAAAAGAUCCCAAUGAAAUUGAAGCUAUUUUCGACGACAUCAGUUACAGUAAAGGAGCUUCCAUUCUCAAUAUGCUAGAAGGCUUUCUCUGUGAAGAUGUUCUUAAAAGUGGAUUGAACGAUUACCUGAAUACACACGCAUAUGGAAACGCCGAUACGAAAGAUCUCUGGGCAGCUUUUACGAAGAAUGCUAAUAACACUUUCGACGUAAAAGCUGUCAUGGAUACAUGGACCCAGCAGAUGGGUUUCCCACUAAUCACAAUUACACGUGAUGGCAAUACUAUUACAGCAAGUCAGAAACGAUUUUUACUGUCUCCGAGAGAAAAUGAUACCGAAUUAUUACAGCCAAAAUCACCCUUUGACUACAAGUGGUACGUCCCGUUGAGCUACUACACAGACAAAGAACCGCACAAGCUUCACAACGUGUGGAUGAAUUUAACCGAUGUAACAUUCGAGAUACCCAAUGACGUUGAAUACAUAAAAUGCAAUGUAAAUCAAAGUGGAUUUUACCGUGUAACUUACCCGGAAGACAUGUGGACGGCGAUCAUUAAUACUUUAUUAAGUGAUCACACGAAGUUUAGUCCAGCUGAUCGUGCGAGUCUUAUCGACGAUGCGUUCACACUGUGCGAGGCAGGCGAAUUAAAUGCUACUAUACCACUUGAAUUAUCACUUUAUCUUCUAAACGAGAGGGACUACGUACCAUGGGCUACGGCGCUCGGAUAUUUACACUCUUGGAAAGGAAGACUAAGCGAGAGCCCAGGUUACAAAAGAUACAACACAUUCUUCAAACAAUUAUUAACUCCUGUUACGAAAUACGUCGGUUGGAUAGACGAAGGACCACAUUUAAAAAAAUUAUUGAGAAUUGCCGUAUUGCAAUCAGCUGUGACAAUGAAAUUGGAUGAGGUUGUAAGGCCCGCAAAAUCUCUCUUUAUGAAUUGGAUGUUGAAAGGUGAACGAAUCGCUCCAAAUAUUCGAGAUGUUGUAUAUGUCGCAGGGAUCAAGUUUGGUAACGAAGAGGAAUGGAAUUAUUGCUGGCGGAAUUAUCAAAAUACUCAAGUACCUAGUGAGAAAAGAAUAAUGUUAGAAGCAUUGGGAGCAACGACGGACUCAUGGUUACUGCAACGGUACCUGCUACGUUCGUUAGAUCGGGAUGUUGUAAGAUCUCAAGAUGUUGAAACUGUUAUAGCGUCUGUCGCUAGAAAUCCUGAAGGUCAGUUUCUUGCGUGGCGUCAUAUUAAGGCACACUGGCCUGAGAUACAUGCUUUAUUUGGAAACGGGUCGCUGACAAUGGGUGGACUUAUUUCCGUUGUCAUCUCCGAUUUCUUUACGGAGUACGAUUAUUAUGAAGUGUCGGAAUUCUUCAAGAAAGUGGACGUUGGAAGUGGACAACGAGCAUUAGAACAGAGUCUAGAGAUGAUCAAGUUUAACAUACAUUGGGUGAAAGAAAAUGCAGAAGUGGUUGACAGAUGGCUAAUAGACUAUAUGAACCUUCACACGAGUUAACCCCUUGCUCAUAGGGAAUGGGACAAACAUGUCGCGGAACUAUCAUUCAGUCAUUCCGUAACGAUGCUUACUUUUUCAUGGUUCUCAUCGAUGCACGAUACCUUCAAGGUUGAUGUGAUAUAUCCAAUGGAAAAGUAAGACUUUUGUUACUAUUUACGAGGUAAUUGAAUCAUUUAUUUACCACUUAGGUAUAAUUCGCAGAUCAAAAAAUGACCCAUUUCCGUCAUUCGCGUCAAAGGAUUACUUUCAGCAGAUGAAAAAUAACAAUUCUUCGUUAAACGAAGGAAUUUGGAAACAGACAAAUAUAUUAUUUAAACGGAAUAAAAUUUUGUUGCGAAUCCCUCCUGCUGGAAGAAAUCGUUCGACGUAUCGAAACAAAGCCGAAUUGUUUAUAUGUAACACAUUAUACACCGAUUUAUACGCACUUUCGAAAGUAUUUAUUUAUUAUGCACGCAGUGCGUGCAGAUUGGAUUACUAUGUAUAAAGAAUGAAAUUAUAAAGAGAAGAGAGACAACGUUGUUCCUAGGAUAGUCGCUAACCCAUCAUUUUCCAAAAACAGGGCUAUCGACAAACGCCUGAUAACGUUGAUACUUUAGUCUCCCAAAUAUACUAUACUUUAUUACAAGGAGUGACAGUAGUCGCCUCCACGUGAUACUCAACCCCCAUUUCUGAUCCAUCCAGUACAUUAAUCGAACAGAGUGAAGUGAGCUUGCUGAAAAUUUGAUAAAAGGAUGCUACUUACACAUUUCACAACCCGUGAUACGCACCACGAGAGGAGUAGCCGUAACACAGUAAUAUUCCGUGUUGGUUUCAAGUGUACAAAAUUUCAAUCGAUUAUUUCAUUACACGACGAACCUUUGACAUUAUUUAUCCAUAUUCGAAGGAAGGAAUUUGUCCGAGAUCAACGUCAAGUGUUCACUUUCUAAAAAUUAAAGGAUUUACAGUAUACGCAUAAAUUGAGAUUAACUGCUGUUCAAAGUUAGUUGGCUGCUCCCGUACCGUACAGUGCGAUUUGCUGUAAAUAAAUACAAGGAACGACGUUAUACUUGCGUUAGAACCAAUCAAGUAAGCAUAGAAUCUUCCCGAAGCGAUCGUGCAAACAAAUGGUUCUUCUAAGUAGCAUAUCAACGUUAGAGAAGGUUGGCAGAUUAAAUCGGCCGAAUCUUUGUCAAACAGAAGUCUAGUCUCUUGAAAAUACUAACGAGACAAAGAUAAUUUGGCCUCGGAGAUAAAAAAAAAAGAGCAGAACAUAUUGCAAAGAUUGUAUGUCCCUCAAAAUAAAUACAAAAAAUUGAUGUACCGUGUGUCAUGUAUUAAUGUUGCUGCAAAUUGCUGGAGGCGCGGGACACGUCUCGCGUGGAGCUGAUCAUUCUCCAUGUAAAGUAGCAUAAUAGAGAAUCGGAUAUUUUAUUAUGAACAAAUGUAUAAAUUUAUGUAUGUAAUCAUGUGAUGCUUUGUGUGGUGUGUAAAUAUUAGAGUAAGAGAACUGUGUGCCCUGUGUGAUCGGAUAUAUUACAGAAGGUAUCUAGAUGUAGAUAAAACACGUUCAUGCCAAAUUUGUACUGGCCUUUAUAAAUAUUCGUGUGAUUUUGGCACAAUCCGUAACUUUCAAAUGCUAAUUGAAUUUCUGUUUGUUAUCAUUGGAUAUUAGGAGUUUCUGAUUUAUACCACACCUUGUAAUUACAUUUUACAUUCUACAUUCUAGUAAUUAUCCAUUGACAAUAAACAUCAAGCGAAAUAGAAGAAGACUUUUGGACAAACGAUUCAUUUGUUACGUUUUUAACGAGCGAUAAAAUUGAUUUAGCAUUUAAAGGUUAACGUACCAAUUUUAUCCUAUAACAUGAAAGAAAAUGUAGAAUACACGAAUAACAUUGUAUAUACAUUUAGCACGAAGAAAAUAAGAUCGAAUCAGAACGAAAUUCUUAUUCCAUUCGAAGAAUGGUGAGACACCUUAUACAUGUUCGGGUUUUAUCUCUGGAAACUAUGUUUUGCACGCCACUCGAGUGCUUUUGGUUACCGUCUGUAUUCAUUGGCCGAAUCCCACGAAUAUUUGAUUUCGAAUGUUCUCGUCACUCUCGUUAAAAGAUGAAUCACUUGUUACUCAAAAGAGAAAUGGCCAUGUUACCAUUAUUUUUCACGCCAGAGCACAUAAAACACGAUCGAUCUUUAGCCGUGAUCAAUUGACAAACUGCCGAUGAUGCUUGCAACUCGAAUCUCCUGCGAAAGAAUCAUAUCCUGUUUUCGAGAUUUCUGCCAAUUUUGAUAUGCUUUCGGUGAGAAUACAGUUCCCUUAAUUCUUAAGAAAUCAAAUGUUCAUUUGAAAUUCAACGAUAUUUACCGGAUUAAUGCCCUCCGGCCGGAAUUAUACACGCAUGUUUACGUCUAGGAAGGGAAAACAUCUGUAAAUAACGGCUGCAUGAAUCUUUCAUCGCCCCUUUAAGUAGAUUUUGAUACACCCCAACAGCGAAUUAAUAAAUCGACGCACAACUAGAUACCUUACGUGUAAAUAGCAUAUUUUUUCACUAACGGAUAUUCUCUUGUUAAAGAUUUAAUGAACGAAAUCGCUCCUUCAUAUUAGCGGAACAGCCAGACUCGCAGGUUCGAAUACGAAGGAAGCACGAACGGAUUGGCCUACUUUAUAACGUUCACAUGAUAUCCGAAAGUAUAAUACUUGUUUAAGAAAUAUCUGCAACUUUCUCAUUGCUUUCGUUCGAAAAUAACAAUCGCACAGAUUCUCAUGUUCCUUUUAACGAACCUGUUUACAAUUAAGUGAAGUUUCCGCGAGAGUCGUUUAACAUUCAUUCAUUGUUGUCCCCCUUUUAACGGUAAAUUGAUUCGUACUACAUUGUUUGAUACUAUACAAUGGUCUAACAGUAUUAGAAGAAACUCGUACUUUAUUAAGGUGUUACGAAUAACAUCGAAUGCAAAUAAGAAUACAUGUUUCUUUUGAAAUCUAAAGCGAUAUGAAUCGAAAUCAAGCCCACUAGAUGCGAAGUAAAUCGAUGCAAAAGUUCUACCGAAAGACUGGACAUCAGAGUAAUCAAGAAGAGUACAUACUUAUAUGUAUUUUAAUGCAAUCACAACCCGAUACUGUUACGUCUUAAGAGAACGAGGCUGUCUUGCAUCUCAUACUUAUGAAUGAAUUAUUGAUAUAACUAUAUAUUGUAUACCGUUCUCUACUGUACUGUUGUCAUAGAUAUUUUGUUGUAAAAAAAAUACGAGAUAUGUACAAGCAUACAAAUGAAUAUAUUAUAUGUUUAAAGUAUCUUGAUCGUGAUUUAUUUCUGUAGGAU